UGAGUCACUUCCCCUACUGGGCAAGCGCUCCCCUGGCCUUCCCUCAACUACGGAGGAUAUCCCUGGAUCAGGAGGGACCAGGAGAGGAAGGAAAAAAAAGUCAAAACAAAACAGAAACUGGCCCGAGAUACUGAAAGGACACACUUGACCACAGCUGAGCUCUGCAUUCUUGACCGCAUCCACGCGAUCUUUCAUCUCUGGAACAUUCCCUCGCCAUUUCCCGACAGAUGGACCUGGGCCCUGGCACUAGAGGUGACCUUGGGUAGCCAUACAGCCGCUUCCAGAUCGUUUCUUCGCCUGUGAACAGAUCUGGCACGCUGCUCCGUUCUCACCGUUCUCCAGCCUUCCGAGCCAUUCGCGCGGCCGGGCCGGGCGGUCGGGACUGAACUCUUGAGUGGUCGGCUUUGCGGGAUCCUCGCCGGCUCUCCCUGCCUGUAGGUGAGGACUGAAGCUCCGGGGGGACUCCGGACGACAGCUACUAAGGGAUUGGUAGAGUGACUCACCGGUGACUGGGGUGGUCGCUCACACCCUGGCAGCCUUCCCUGGACGUGGACCUGCAGUCUCUUGACAGUCCUGCCACAGUGAGAGGAUGGCGGCUACAGGAACUGAAGCCAAGGACCUCGAAAACCAUCACAAUGACUGCUUCAUUCAACUUUCAAAUCCAAACAUCGCAACAAUGAAGGAAGACGUUCUGUACCAUUUCAACCUCAGCACGAGCACACAUGAUUUCCCUGCUAUGUUUGGAGAUGUGAAGUUCGUGUGUGUUGGUGGAAGCCCUUCCCGGAUGAGUGCCUUCAUCAGGUAUGUGGCUGCCGAGCUGGGCCUUGACCAUCCAGGGAAAGAGUACCCCAACAUCUGUGUAGGCACUGACCGCUACGCCAUGUAUAAAGUCGGACCUGUGCUGUCUGUGAGCCAUGGCAUGGGCAUUCCUUCCAUCGGGAUCAUGUUGCAUGAGCUCAUCAAGUUGCUGUACCACGCCAGAUGCUCCAACGUCACCAUCAUCCGCAUCGGCACUUCAGGCGGGAUAGGUCUGGAGCCUGGCUCUGUAGUCAUCACGCAGCAGGCAGUGGAUGAGUGCUUCAAGCCGGAGUUUGAGCAGAUUGUCCUGGGGAAGCGGGUGGUCCGCAGCACCAGCCUGGAUGCACGGCUGGUGCAGGAACUGCUGCAGUGCUCCUCGGACCUGAAUGAGUUCCCCACGGUUGUGGGCAACACCAUGUGCACCCUGGACUUCUAUGAGGGGCAAGGCCGUCUGGAUGGUGCCCUCUGCUCCUACACAGAGAAGGACAAGCAGGUCUAUCUGCAGGCAGCCCAUGCCGCGGGAGUCCGAAACAUCGAGAUGGAGUCUUCGUUGUUUGCCACCAUGUGCAGUGCCUGUGGCCUGAGAGCGGCUGUGGUGUGUGUGACCCUUCUGGACCGACUGCGAGGGGACCAGAUCAACACCCCCCAUGAUGUGCUGGUGGAAUACCAGCAGAGACCUCAGCGACUGGUGAGCCACUUCAUCAAGAAGAGCCUGGGGAGGAUCUGAGGCUCUUGUCCUUGACACUCAGAACAAGCCUCUGCAACUACUGGCCAAUAAAUCUAUUUUUCAUAUCCCA